UGCAGUUAACAGUACAAUAACAACCCAAAUAAAUCGAAAUCAGAGAUAUAACUACGGCCGGCUGAGAAGGAAGCAAGUGGACAGCAGCGCAGCAGACAUGAAGGUAAAGCUGCUGAUGGCAGUGGCUUCCUGCUGCCUUCUGCAGACCGCACUCUCCGACCGGUGGUUCAACUCCGUGCCCGUGCUGCCUGCUGUGGUGGCGGCCUCUCCUAGCAUUGAAGACCCGCAGUGCAGCCACCAUUCCCGGAUGUUUCUUCAAGCACUAGACAACUUCACGUUGUGGGCCGUACAAAUGCUUGAUGCCUCGGCCAAGGUGCCUGAAGGCAUCGUGUUCGGCAGUGUUCACCAGCUGGGACAUUUCGACCAGUGUGUGGACGUGGCGGUGCAGGAUCUCCAGGGGCAGUACUGCCUGGUGGAACUGGCCUUCCAGCCAGUCUCCUACAUCCCCGCGCAGUUGGUGAACCCAUACUCUCUGCAGUUCGACCCCAAUGUGCACGUCUGGGAGAAGCUCAAGAAGUCUGUGGACCGCUCGAAAAUAGACCGCAGCACUAUCUACCUGGGACUGUGCACACCUGCUUCCUGCAAACCUGAGCAACUGCAGGUGACCUUGAACCACGAGUUGCGGCUGCUUGGAGAGAAUUUCGGGAUGCAGUUUAAAAGUAAGGUGUCUCCCCAACUCUGCACAACAAAGAAAGAGGCUACGCAAUGGUCGGCAGGAGAAGUAGUCUUCAGCUGCGCGGCGGGACUGCUGGUGCUGCUGGUGGUCUUCAGCUCGUGGUACGACCGCGUGAGUCGCGACAGCCCGCCGCGCUCAGGUAUAGGACGAGCACUGCUGUGUUUUGCCGUCCAGCGAAGCGCCAGAAGCGUUGUGGACGCCCCCAGCCACAACCCAGGACUGGAAUGUCUCGAUGUUUACAAGUUUAUCUUCUCUGUAAUUAUUAUAGGUGUACACAGGGCGAUUAUCUUCAACACUGUGCCCACAUUGGAUGCCAACAAGCUGGAGCAACUUCCUCGAGGAUUUGAAAAAUCAGUUUUGAUCAAGCUGCCGCUUGUUGUUGAUUUCUUCUUCAUGGCGAGUGGGAUGCUGAGUACAUAUCACGUGGCUACUUAUCUCCAAGAACACCGGUCAACCAAUUUUAUUGAAACCGUCGUCAAGCGAUUUAUGAGGCUAGUAAUACUAAAACAAACCUUUUUAUUCAGUAUGAGCGUACAUUUUGGCUGCAGGUAA